ACUCUCUGGGCUACCGCCUGUACUACGUCAACCAGAGCCGCAAAGUUCCUCGCCGCUCUUUUCUGGUGUCCAGGAACUGAAUAUCAAACCGGUGAUAGUGCAGUUAUUGACUCGCUGUAUUUGCCUUUUCUUUUCUCUGUUAUCAGUCUUUAUUUUUAAAAGACCCAGGAGAAGCGAGCCCGGAGUUUGAGGUGCUCCGCAGUGGUGGGUGAGUCAGCUGGUGCUAAGGACUGGGACUUGGUCUUCGGAGACCGUCCCCUCUCCUCCCUGCAGAGAAGCAGCCGGCGCUGCGUGGACUGGAGGUCCGCUCUUCCGCUCCAGGGCCUCCUCAUCGACGCAGCAGCUGGAUUCAGAUAAACGAAGAUCCAGGGCCACUUCGGUCUCAGCAAAUAUUUCAGACCCAUGCUACCGUGCCAGAGCGCCUAGAAGCUGGAGCUAGCAGGAGCCCAUAGUUGGGCGGCCAAGCUGAGAGUAACUACCUGCCAGCUGCAGCAUCCAGAUGCCCAGGGUCCCUGCUUUGAGCUUCGACUGCUGAGCCACACUUAGCUGCCCUUUCUUUCAGCACAGGCCGGCGAUAGACUUGUGAAUUUCUAAUGUACAUGUGAAGGCACAGGAUGGACCAGACCUCGUAGAAAAGCGAACACCUGUGAUCUCUGGGAUUGCAUUCAGCAGCAUGUCCCCUUGAACCUCUCUCUGCGAGCUGGUAGGGAAAGUGUCCCCAGCAGUGCAGAUCCACCCUGGCCAUGUCACCCUUAAUGCUCUAUGAGUUAGUGUGGCCCUCUGAGGAUUCCCAGGGCUGCCCAGGGUGGUUUCCAACAGGUGUGUUCUCUCCCUCCCCCAGUCCAACCCAGCUGGCUGGACUCCCCCAAGCUGAGGUCUUUUAACUUGGCUUCCUCACUCCCACCUCCGCCCCCCCUCCAGAGGGAGGCUGUCCAGAGCCGGACCUUGACCUCCCUGCUCCCUGGGACCAUGGUGCUUCUCGCUGAAAAUGCUUCUGAAGGCUCCAACUGCACCCACCCACCAGCACCGGUGAACAUUUCUAAGGCCAUUCUGCUCGGGGUGAUCUUGGGGGGACUCAUCAUAUUCGGGGUGCUGGGGAACAUCUUAGUGAUCCUCUCGGUGGCCUGUCACCGGCAUCUGCACUCGGUGACUCACUACUACAUCGUCAACCUGGCAGUGGCAGACCUUCUUCUCACCUCCACCGUGCUGCCCUUCUCCGCCAUCUUUGAGAUCCUGGGCUACUGGGCCUUUGGCAGGGUCUUCUGCAACAUCUGGGCUGCUGUGGAUGUCCUAUGUUGCACAGCGUCCAUCAUGGGCCUCUGUAUCAUCUCCAUCGACAGAUACAUCGGUGUGAGCUACCCGCUGCGCUACCCCACUAUUGUCACCCAGAGGAGGGGCGUCAGGGCUCUGCUGUGUGUCUGGGCGCUUUCCCUGGUCAUCUCCAUCGGACCCUUGUUUGGCUGGAGGCAGCCAGCGCCUGAGGAUGAGACCAUCUGCCAGAUCAACGAGGAGCCUGGCUAUGUGCUCUUCUCUGCGCUGGGCUCUUUCUACGUGCCGCUGGCCAUCAUCCUGGUUAUGUACUGUCGAGUCUACGUGGUGGCCAAGAGGGAAAGUCGGGGCCUCAAGUCUGGCCUCAAGACGGACAAGUCAGACUCCGAGCAAGUGACUCUUCGUAUCCACCGGAAAAACGUCCCGGCAGGAGGUGGUGGGGUGAACAGUGCCAAGAAUAAGACUCACUUCUCCGUGAGGCUGCUCAAGUUUUCCCGAGAGAAGAAAGCGGCCAAGACUCUGGGCAUCGUGGUGGGCUGCUUCGUGCUCUGCUGGCUGCCUUUCUUCCUAGUGAUGCCCAUUGGUUCCUUCUUCCCUGAUUUCAAGCCCUCGGAAACCGUUUUCAAAAUAGUAUUUUGGCUUGGGUACCUAAACAGCUGCAUCAACCCCAUCAUAUACCCAUGCUCCAGCCAGGAGUUCAAGAAAGCCUUUCAGAAUGUCCUGAGAAUCCAGUGUCUCCGCAGACGGCAAUCUCAGCACGCCCUGGGCUACACCCUGCAUCCGCCCAGCCAGGCCCUGGAGGGACAGCACAGAGACAUGGUGCGUAUCCCCGUGGGCUCCGGAGAGACUUUCUAUAAGAUCUCCAAGACAGACGGAGUCUGUGAGUGGAAGUUUUUCUCUUCCAUGCCCCAGGGAUCGGCCAGGAUUACGAGGCCGAAGGACCAAUCUGCCUGCACCACAGCCCGGGUGAGAAGUAAAAGUUUUUUGCAGGUCUGCUGCUGUGUGGGGUCUUCGAACCCCAGCCUUGAAGAAAAUCACCAAGUUCCAACCAUUAAGAUCCACACCAUCUCUCUCGGUGAAAAUGGGGAGGAAGUCUAGAGGAUGGGAAAGGUCACAGGAAGUGGGAAGGCACUAGGUACUGCUGACUCACACUCAGAAGGCCAGUGAAUUCUUCUUGAAGACCAAGCCAGGACCAUUCAAAGAGGUCCCCAUCUGGGAAAGGGGAGAGGGAGCGUGCCGGUAGGGCCCAGGGUAAGAAGCAGGGUGUCUGGUGGCUAAGUGGUUCUGAAUGAUGAAGGCCCGUUUCCCUUCAGCUCACGCCCUCAGCCAUUCUCUGAUCCCACUUUCCACAACUCACCCUUUCAACAAGAAAUACCAUGGGAAAGAAAAUUUCGUACACAAUCCAAAAGACUAUAAAUACAGGAUGAUGAUUUCAUUGUGAAUAUUUUGAGCACACACUCUAAGUUUGGAGCUAUUUCUUGAUGGAAGGGAGGGUACUUUAUUUUCAGGCUGAAUCUACUGGCAACUACAUUUGACAUUUAUGGAGAGGGGACCUAGACAGAAAGGCGAGUAAGGUAGUGGCCAACAUGCUUUUAGAGGGAGUUUGGAAACGCCACCAGAUCCUCAGCUUGGGUGAACCUGGAUGGGGCCUUCCCAGAGGUUGUUUUCUGAUGGGUUCCUUAUCCCCAUUUGAAACUGGGGUUCAUUCUCCACCCUUGGAUCUAAGGAGUAUGGCAGGACUAACCAGGGACAGCAUGCUUUUCUCAAGGGAAGAAGGUAUGCCUGGGGCAGCAGCUGCAAGACCGGCUGAAAGAAGGUUUUCUUCUUUUACCUCCUUAAAGAGCAAGAAGCUGAAAUGGGAGGGGCGCUAAUGUCAGGCUGAUCCCCUCUUGUUCUGCAGCCUCUUUGAUGUGAUGAACCGCAUGCCUUUUCCAGAACUCCAUAAUGGAAAUCCAGGGAUGGCAGAAUCCUGGAUUCCAUUACCUCUCCCUGGCUUCGUGGCUAUGUAGCGAAUGAAGUUCACCUGUGGCAUGUAGAAUGAGUCUUAGGGUCCAGGUACAUCCCUCCUGAGUUUCCAAACAUACUGAUGCUUACCCUCAAACACUUUAGUUGACUACCAAACAACUGCCCAAAUUGACUCCUGCUUUUGGCAAAAUCUUGGGGAAUGUGAUAUAUUUUUUUCUUGCUUUAUGUAUACCAAAUCCGUGCAUCCUUAAUAAUUCACAUUAUUGUGAAUGGUGACUAUGAUAAUCACACAUAAAAAUUAAAACACACCUGUCAUUCAGCCAUAAGAAUUGUAAAAUAAGGUUUAAUGUUUUUGUCACCAAUCCUAAUAAGAAUCACCACUAGCAACAUUUUUCAUAACUUCUUCCCCUAUUUACCGAAUUUCUCCCAAGAGCUUCAGAGCAGGUUGAAGUUACUGUGAAACCUUGACAGCGAGGCUCCCAGCCCUCGCAGCUUUCCUCCCCUCCCUACAUCAAACUGGUCUAAGUCUUUCUAAAGGCAAACCUGUAUCCACAUUGCAAUGAAGAAAAUGCAUGCAUGCAUGCGGCUGUGGGUUUUGGUUGACCUUAGACUCUGACCUGCUUCCUCCACCUUUUACUGGGCCGUGUCUUCUUGUUGGCCAGCUCGAUAGUUACUUGGCCUUGUACUGUGAACUUGGCUGCUGCCACUGAGAAGCUGGCUGGGAUUUUAGGCUGUCUUGGGCUCUCUGCAUGACUCCUAACAGCUCUACCAGAUGUGAGUGUUAAAGCAUCUAGGGAGAACUUGAGAGAGCAAGCCUGGCUCAUUUGUCCCUAAGCUUAACCGUUACAAUUAACUUCCUUCUAAACAUGAAUCCUUGUUCCUGUCAUCCCCUCAGAGAAGAGCAUCCUUACAGAGAGAGAUCGGAGCUUCUCCUCAGCAGGGUACCAUGCCAUGCUACCGACGAUCUUUCAGUCCCUUGGUGAAAAAAAUGCAAAUGAUUAAAAGCUACCAUUGAUGCUAGUUCUAAUCAGAAAACAAACUAGAAAAUCUUCAAGUCCUCAGAUAAAAACUGUGACGAUUGUACCUGUGUGGAGUCAUCCGCAAACAAUUGCCUGUAUAUUCCACUGGCAUCCCUCCCUCUAAGAGGCAAAUAUCUAACAGCUUUUUCCGUUCCCACAGAAGAGGACUGAAUAGAAACACAGCAACUUUAUAAGAAAUUGAUAAUGUCACCAAAACAUGGCGGCAAAAGUGGUGUAAACAACUUAAACGUAGAAUGGCUUUUUAAUCAUCCACCAAAAAAAAGUCUGUAUCUUUAAGCGUGCCAAAAACUAUCUAAAAUGGCUACAGCCAAACAAAUGAUUGUCAUAUUUAUAUUCACAUGUUUACUGCUUCUAUUUGGAGUUUGAGGAAUUUACCCAGAGUAACCCCAGUUAAAAUGUCCUCUCUUGUGUGUUCUAAAAAAAAAAAAAAAAAAAACAAGAUCACUUGGGAUUAUCUCUAUGUCGCCAAAUCAAUGGGGCAUUACAGUAGGCGACUAUGAGUACUAUGAGACUAGUGUGAGAUUCUGACCGUGUAUAUGAAGAGGGACCUUGGAUCUCAUUACACAAAACGUUCUCCAGGGCAUCAGAGAGGUCGCUCAAUUGGUGGAGUGCUUGCCUGACAUACGCAUUCCAGCUGCACCCUAAAACUGAGAGCGGUGGCUUGUGACAGUAAACUUAGCAUUCAGGAGGUGCAAACAUGAUAAGGAGGAGUUCAGGGUCAACCUUGAACACUUAGUAAGUUUAAGCCAGCCUAGACUACAUGAGACUCUGUCUCGGAAAAGUAAAUAAAAUUAAAUUUAAAAUAAAAUAAAAUAAAACGUUCCAGGCUAUACUACUGCAAGAAAAGCUCUUUCCUUGUCAUAGUCUCAUCCAAGUCUGCUUCUGCAUGGAAUCACUGUGCAUGCGGCACACUUUACAAGGCACUGAGGCUGCUGAAUCUCAUUGCUGACUUGGAUUGGUCCGUUCAAGACGGACAGUGAUAGCUGAGUUAUAAGCACUGCCUUGUGGUGCUUCUCUUUGCUCCAAUGCUUGUCAGGGAUCAGUGGCUCUAAUUCUCCAUUAACUCUUCCAUUACCAUUCUUAAGAUGUAACUCUGAUGGCUGGGAAAGCCUAAGGACUUACCCAUGGUCAGGAAGGAACUGUGGCUCAAACCUAAGUAUCCCCCUAGGUGUUCACAUUCUGUGUAGUACCUCUGCUUCACACACAGGGAGAGGAGGGUUUAAUUGAAUAGUCUCAGGAGACUAAUUCACUCCCAAACUUUAAUGUAAUUUGUUCCCUUGGGGUUUUUCUACAAAUUAACCUUAGCAGACACACCACCAAACCUGUGUCUACAAUUACAACUAUUAACAAGCACCCCCCCCUUCCAGGACAUAGUACUCUCAUAUAUGGCGAAAGCCUUACAAAGAGGACAGGUUAUACUAAACCAGGACAAGAUGAGCAUAUAACAGAACACGGAGAGUUGAUUAAGAAUGGAAAAGCCCAGAGCUGGAGAGAUGGCUCAGCCGUUAAAGGCUAGGCUCACAACCAAGAAUGGAAAAGCCCAAUGAUAGAUGGGACACAUAUUGGGUGGUGUGUGGAAGUCCUGGGUUGCCAAUCAUGGUUAACAUGAACACUAAGGAAUACCCCUCUUCAAAAAUAUAUACAAACAAAUAAAACACUUGUUCUCACUCACCUAAAUUCCAACCUUUAUCUUACAAGCUGGCAAAAAGGCAAGUGGCCAGAGGCAUCCCACCAGGAAUUGUAGAGCAUGUACUGGGCACGUGAUUUUCUCAGAUGCCACUCGGAAUGUGGUCUCUGAAUAUCCAGAGACUGUGGCAGUUUUUGAAGACAGGCCCUUGGUAGGCAGCUGUGCAUUCUGACUUGCUUCCUUUUCUGUAUGAACCAUCAUGAAGACUCUUUAGGGGUGAAAGCCAGGGAGAGAAAGUCUUUUAGGAAGCGUUUUCUUGAGCAGGUAAUUGCUCAUGUGUUAAUCACCACUUCUUAAUCACCACUAACAAGCAUUCCUAAUUGCUUCUGGGGACAUCUCUGUCCCCAUCCUCUUGCCAAAGUAUGGUGCUGCCUCUCCGAUGAAUGCUUGCUGACUUAAUUAAGGGAAGAGAUUGGUUCAUCAGCAAAGGGAAACGCGAACAGGUGGAAGGCAGCAGAUGAAAUGCAAUCGAGUCCAGGGUGACAAGAGAAGAGAAAGGUAGCAGAUGUGCAGGCAUCAGAAAUGCUCACUCGUCACUCUGGUCUCUUUUUUACACUACCAGGGCUUUUAACCGUGAAACCACCUGUACGUACACAGCUCCGAAAGAGCCCAGUUGGAACACUGCAUCUGCUCUGGGCCUCCAAACUAUGCUGAGGAGCUGGGCUGAGGCCACGUCUUCCAAAAGCCAUGGCACCAGUGGCCUCUGGCCCUCCAAGUCCCCUGCAAGAUGAAUGAGUGGACAUGGCUUCUGUGGGGACUGGGCUGGGAAGCCAGUUAGGAUUUCAGCAUAUGAAGCCGGCCCCUGUCCAAAGGUGCCAUUGACAGGCUCUCACUCACGUUUUCCAGACCAUAUGUUACGUGAGUGAGCCAAUAAAGAGCCUUCCCUGCUCUCUGCAGGAGAAUGUCGUCUUUACACUACCACUGAUAAAGCUCCAAAGGCUGUAGAGGUGGCAGGGAGCAUUGAGGGAGGAGACUGACACAGCGGAGGCUCAAAGCUUGGAGGGUUAGUCAUGCUUUGCCGCAACUGACAAGAAAAGAACUGUCAUGAAACUGGCGGCUUCUUCCAAAAGGCCAAAUAAUGACCUUUUCUUUCAUGUGGCUUGGGAGCUGUUGCCAUGCUGUCCCUGUAGCAUACUUGGUACAGUCGUAUUAUAAGUUGGGGUUGAUGACUGUUGAACCAUGAAAAACGCAGACUUAAUUAGGUGGGAAAAAAACCUUAGCACAAUUUAGCAUUGCAUGUAGAGAAGAAAAUAUGAUGAACAUCCUGGCCUGUGAAACAGGCUGAAUAAAAUAAGUGUAUUUGAAUGUCAUAAAGAGUCAGCUUAGACAGAAAUUCCAACAUGAAUUUAAUGUUUCCAUGUUAAAUUCAUAUAUAUGCAUACACAUAUGCAUAUAUAUGGACAUGUGUAUCACCACAUACUUAUCAAACCUUUCUCAGGUCAUUCCUGUGUGGGAGAAGGAAAGAGAAGGAGCUUUUAUCUAAUUUGGUAUGUGAAGAAACGGAAGUCGUGAGCUCAAGACGUCUUUUAAUACCCUCAUAUCCAACCUUUCCACAAUGCUUCCAUGCCCCCAGCGUCUGCCAUGUAUUUUGACUCUGACUUUCAUAGUCCCUUCUUCAUAACUCUAGCUCUGUCCACAUCAUCUUCUCUCCUCCUAUCCCGGCCAACAACCGGGAAGAACUUGUCGGACAUGGUCACCCAUUCUUGUUUCCUUGGCUAACAGAUAGGCAGGUGUCAUUCUGUUCUUUCUCCAUAGAAGAGAUGCUAUAGAUCAAGGGAUGUAGCCAGGGGCAGAAGGCUGUGACUGUUACCCUAAAGUCCCAAAAGGAGCCUCUGAUCAGCAGUUCCAGAUGGCUUCUCUCCACUGCAUCACCCUAGCAUGAAACCAAAGGGAGGUGCAGACAGUCCCCAGUGGACCAGUUGGCAGGGGUCUGAGUUGCUGUGCUCAGAAGUCAAGCAUGUGUUUUUCCAAGAAGCAUUGUUAUAAACGGGGAGGUGUCCCCAGAGGAGCCAAAAGUAAAUAAAUAAACAUCUGUUUAAUGUA